GCCAUUCAAAUCUCUGUGAGUUGACUCGUGCUCUAAGUAAAACCUCCCCUUGUGACACCCUCAUCAAUUGGCCUCAAACAGAAACAUCAAAAGAGUUAUGGAUAUCGAAGGAUCAGACGAUGAGGUGCCAGUUCUCGUCGAACCGAAAGUAGCAGUUCAGGACGACGACGAGGUCCCAACUCUUGUUCAAGACCCCAAUGCUCUUCCCACAACGAAAGUCCCGCUCACCAUAGUGACGGGGUACCUGGGUGCCGGCAAAACCACUUUGCUGAACUACAUCCUCACCGCGCAGCACGGCAAGAAGAUUGCCGUCAUUCUGAACGAAUUCGGUGACUCAAUCGACAUCGAAAAACAACUCACAGUAUCCGACUCCAACUCCACAACCGCCAAACCCCCGCCCUUCGUGCCCCUCGCAAACGGCUGCAUAUGCUGCUCAGCGAAAGACGUCGGCGUUGCCGCCAUCGAGAACCUAAUGGAUCAAGGCGGUCUCUUCGACUACAUCCUGCUCGAAACCACCGGGCUCGCGGACCCAGGUAACCUCGCACCAACCUUCUGGCUCGACGACGGGCUAGGUAGCACCAUCUUCCUCGACGGCAUCGUGACGCUUGUCGACGCGAAGAACGUAUUGAAGAGCUUGGAUGAAGGGUACGGUGAUGGUGAGGAAGAAGUUGAGAAGAGGAGGCAUGAGCAUGAUCAUGACCACGAUGGGCCACUCCUUACAACGGCACAUCUCCAGAUCAGCCACGCAGAUGUUAUACUAAUCAACAAAACGGAUCUCGUUACCCCAGAGGAGUUGGAAAAGGUGGUUGAGCGUAUACGCUCUAUCAACGGUCUUACGCGCAUCAAGACUACGACGAAAAGCGAGGUUCCGCAGUUAGAGGGGUUUAUACUGGACAUCAAUGCGUAUGCGGAUGUCACGGCCGAUGAUCUGACAUUCGCUAGCAAGGGACAUAGUCAUUUGGAUGCUACAAUUACGACGUCGACGAUCUCAUUUCCGGCUUUGACACCUGAGCAGGUGGACAAGUUCGAUUUGUUCCUGCGGACGAUAUUGUGGGAGGAGACGUUGCCGAACGACACACCCCACGAAAGCUUCGAGGUUCAUCGGCUGAAAGGCAGAAUUCCGAUCACGGACGGGAGGGUGCUGUUAUUGCAAGGUGUGAGGAAUCUAUACGAUAUCAACGAAGCCAAAGAUCCAGUACGAGAAGGCGAUGAAGCGAAGUUGGUGCUCAUCGGGAGAGGUGUGGGUCAAGAGGGCUUCAGAAAGAGCUUAAGCCAGAUGUUAGCCUCGUAGUAACGACGACUGUGGAAAC